AGUAUUAGGUCGAACAUUUCAUCAUUUUUAAAAUGUCCAAAUUACAAUUUUUUGAUUCCUCCUCUAUUGAAUGGCAAGCCACCCCCACCACCUUACAAAAGUAUAAAGAUGUCAAAUCUCAAUUGCUCAUUUAAUAUUUAUUCAAAUAGAAAAAUUAGAGAUAAAAGAAAUACUAAAACUCUCUCAGUUAUAACUGGAAAAAUGGUAACUAUCAGAUGUUUUACAUCAGGAAUCGAAAUGAAAAAUAUUAAAUGGGAAAAAGAUUCCUCCAGGUUACCCGUAAACCACCGUCAGAGGAUACUACAAGAUGGUAACCUUGUUGUAGAUAACGUGCAAAGAGAAGAUGAAGGAUCAUACAAAUGUACUGCUAUAGAUAAUAAAGGACGUGAACACGUUCAAAUUAUCGUGCUUAGAGUUAUAGCUGCUCCUACUGUUUCUUUAUCCGACUUUCAACCUGAUAUUCAGAUAGGUAUGAAAAUGAAAGUACUUUGUUCUGUUCUACAAGGGGAUCCUCCCUUUCGUUUUACUUGGAUUAAAGACGGUAUACCAGUGUCAACUGAUCUAGAUUUAAGCAUACAAUAUUUUGGUGAUUGGAGUAUGUUGUCAUCUGAUAAUGUACAGUUGAAGCACGCCGGAAAUUAUAGUUGUGUUGUUAGUAACGAAGCAGCUACUACCGGACAAAGCUCGGUUUUACGCGUUAAUGCUCCUCCAAUAUGGAUUUUAGAACCUAAAGAUGCUGAAGUCGUACAUGGUAAAUCUGUGAGAAUAGAUUGUAGUACAACGGGUUCUCCUGUUCCUUCUAUAUCGUGGAAACGUGCUACCGAUUCAGAACCUGGAGAUUUCACUCCUGUUUAUAAUAGUCAUAAGUAUACGUUAUACGCUAAUGGAUCAUUACUGAUUCAAAGUGCUGAUAAAUCGGAAGAAGGUUAUUAUUUAUGCGAAUCGAGUAAUGGAUUUGGUGACGGAUUAAGAAAAUUAUUAUUUAUCAAAGUCCAUGAGCCUCCACAAUUCGAGAUUAAAUUUAAAUCUCUAGCAUCAAAAAAAGGAAACACAGCAAAUUUAUUUUGUCAGGCCUUUGGAGAUUUUCCUAUAAAAAUAAAAUGGUGGAGGAACAACAAACAGCUAGAGAAUGAUACUCGAAUCAGAAUAGAACAUUUUGAAGACGAAACACAGAAAACGGUCGAUACUAAAUUAACCAUUAUCAAAACACAAUCUGAUGAUUCUGGUGUUUACAUGUGUAGAGCUGUUAACUCUUAUGGAAAAGACGAAACUAGUGUAGAGUUACUAGUACAAGAGCCUCCAGGAUCUCCAUUAAACCUUGGAGUUGUCGACGUUACUGGAAGAUCCAUAACAAUAUCAUGGAACGAACCAUAUCGUGGGAAUAGUGCAAUAACCAGAUAUUUAAUCCAAUAUAAAAAAGCAGAUGCUUCUUCGUUUGAACAAAAUAUUACUGUGCCCAGUAUUCAGACCAUGGCUACAAUAACCAAUCUAAAGCCAUCAACAAUGUAUAAAGUCAGGCUAAUGGCAGAAAAUUCUGUUGGUCCUGGACAUUUUACUACUUGGUUAAAUGCAACUACUGAUGAAGAAGCACCGGGUGGACCAGAAGAGAAUGUAACUGCUAGAGCAACAGGACCCAAUUCUAUUAAAGUUUCUUGGAAGUCUCCGAAGAAAGAAAUGUGGAACGGUGUAUUAUCAGGAUAUUAUGUAGGAUAUAAAGAAACAUCUUCGUCUGAUACAUAUCAAUAUAAACUUGUAAAAACAGCGAAUGCGGAUCGUUUACAAGAAGUUCAUUUGACUAAUUUAAAAAGAUCUACAACAUAUAAUGUUAUAGUUCAAGCAUUUAAUACUAAAGGAACUGGACCUCCCACAGACGAAGUUACUGUAAAAACUCUAGACGAUGUUUCACCGAGUGCUCCUUCUCUGAAAUUACUUUCGUCUACAAAAUCGUCAAUAACUCUAGGAUGGUCACAGGAAACUACAUUUGGAAAUUCCGUCAGAGAAUAUUUGCUAUAUCAUAAAAAGGAUUUAGAACCGUGGAUCCAGACUCCAAUUUCUACUGACACACCAACCUACGUUGUCAAAAAUUUAACGUGUGGUACAACUUACCAGUUCUACAUUACCGCUCACAACAGUGUCGGUAAAAGUGAACCGAGUGAAAUUCUUACAGCCAGAACUGAAGGUGCAGCUCCUCUUUCUCCAUCUAAAGAAGAUUUCAUAUCUACGACAAUGAAUGAAGCCACUUUAAAUAUUUUAAGUUGGAAGAAUGGCGGUUGUGAUAUUUUAUAUUUUACAAUUAAAAUAAGACAGAAACAUAGAAGAUCGUGGAAUACUCUUACUAACGAACUUUUGUAUACUCAUAAUCAAUACAUUGUGCCAAAUCUGAUGCCUUCAACAUGGUAUGAAUUACACGUAACAGCACACAGUACGGCCGGAUCUACAGAAGCACAGUACGAAUUUAGAACGUGGAACGUCACAGAAGAACUUACAAUUAGGGCAACACCCGAACCACCCCGUCCAAAAACAUCGCCAUUAGUUACAGAUUUAGAAAUUUUAAUACCAAUUGUCGUAUCUAGUCUUGUGGUACUCGUAGUAAUUAUAGUGGGGUGCAUAUUAUGUUCGAAAGAAACUCAUUGUAACACCAGAAAUAACGCCGCAGUAUUAAGACAUAGUAGCAGUAAGUAUACGAGAGAAGCAGUAGCUAUGAAAGAAUUAACCAGUCCACCAGACUGUAUGAGUAGCGAAGACGGAACUCAGAGGUCGUCAUCACAAUCAACAUCACAUUAUCCUCCUGGCCAACCAUUAUACUGUCCUAGGCCAGAUGAUGAGGAAGAGACACAACCGUACGCCACUCCCUACGACACAUUACCCAUGACUGUUUUGGCAGAUCUACCCGUUCAUUCCACUUCAAUUUCUUCCUUUUCCAGAGUUGACAGGACUGAUAAUAUAUAUACCAGCCGACAGGUGUGUUACUAAAAUUUAUUCGAUUUUUAUCCAGGUUGUGUGCGGGUGUGUCUCUUUCCUCUGUAUGACAUGGAGUGCAAUUAUCUCUGAAGGGAUUAAUAUACCAUUUUUUUUUUGUUUUUUUUAUUAAAAAAGUAACUUAUUGGGAAAUUUUACUAUCUAGUGCUUUUUUUAUUACUUAUAUCUAUAUAAAAAAUAUAAAUAAUUAAU